AUGGUGUACAAAGGAAUGAUUUCUAAUGGACCAACUAAAAGCAUCUACGCUAUCAAGCGGUUGAAUUUCAUGUCCAAUCAAGGAGCACCCGAAUUUUGGGUCGAAGUCAAGUUGCUUUCAAGACUGCGCCAUUGUAAUCUAGUGCAUUUGAUUGGUUAUUGCAAUGGCGGGAAAGAGAUGGCCCUUGUGUAUGAAUACAUGCAUAAUGGGUCCCUUUUUGAUCAUCUGCACAAGAAAGGUACAAUUCUGACUUGGCCACAACGGCUAAAGAUAUGCAUUGGAGCGGCGCACGGUUUGGACUACCUUCAUACUGGCACUGGCACACAACACAAAGUCAUACACCGUGAUAUGAAAAGCUCCAAUAUUUUGUUGGACCAAAAUUAUGCCGCAAAUAUUGCAGACUUGGGAUUUGCUAAAGUGGGACCAACAAAUCAGACCCAUACACAUGUUAGCACCACAGUCAAAGGCACCUUUGGGUAUAUGGAUCCGAAUUAUUUCUAA